AUGUUCGUUCUUCGAAACGUGGGCAAGCUAAUUUUUGGUGGCACUUCCAAAGAAUCUAUUAUUGAAAUUUCACAAGGACAACUCUAUCUCGUUCGACCAAGCUCACCAAAAAGUUACUCUGAAUUAAUCUUUAAGGACGCUGCUGCUCGUAUCCAACGAACAAAUCAAGAAUAUCAGUAUCAGCUUGUAAUUCAACGUGUCUACGAAGAGGGAGAAGCAGAUCUUGGAGAAGACGGGGACAGCCCAGAUAUAGAUAUUGCUGCUCAUUCUGCCGAACACGACGAGAAAGCGUUCUUCUUAGACAAAAGCUUGCGCUUUAGAUCACAAGUUCGACCAAGCGGAGAAAAGGUCCUCGCGUGGAGAGAUCUAAGAGGAGAUAACGGGGAUAUUUACCAAUUUGUGUGCGAUAGCUCAGUUGAUGCAUCUGAGGUUAUUCAAUUUGAAAGCGCUGCUCAACGCUGUCAAUACGAAAUAACCUACAGGAAAAACUACUCCACGGCAUCUAAGAAAGAUUUAGCACAGUUUUGCUUUGACACCGAUCUCACCAUACCAAGUGCAAGCCCGACUCAGACACCCAAAGUGUUAUCUGCUGCGAACUCUCCUGUGACAGGUAGAAGAUUUGUAGACUCGAGCUUUACUGAAGUUCCUGAACAAGUUGAAUCCCCGAAGAACAACAAAACUGCACAACUAACAAUGAACCAAUCUGACGUAAUGGAGGCUCCAAAGGCGAAUAAUCAUCCAAAAGCUAAAAAUAUUUUAUGCCGGGAAUCCGCUGAGUUACAUCUAUUUGACUUUCAUUCUGGAUCCUUUAUCUUGCAGCAAACUAAUGUUGACGCUAUUGUAUCUGAGGUUGGUAACUGGGAAUAUUGGCUUGAAAUUUCAACCGAGGAUCACGACUGGGUUGGACAAGAAAUUAUCGCUGAUAUAAAUCCUGUCUUUAAUUUUGAAUACCUGUCUUUUAUAUUCAAUGCCUACUCUGAAAAUGGCGACGCUUACUCAUGGCUUCUUCGUUUUCAAGACGAAGAGACCUUGACUAAGUUCCAACAAGGUUUGAUGCAGGCACUAUGGGAACAGCUGAACCAAUUGCGAUGGAAGGGUAGUAAUGAAAAUGAUCGUGAUUACGUACUUGGAGCAUUUCGAGAUAUGUCCUUAAACGAGGAGAUUGAGGAAGAAGACGAAGAAGCAGAAAUCGAGAAAUUCGACGAAGGCGAAGAAAUAGAAAGCGAUGUUGAUGAAGAUGGCGACGAUUCUUCUCAACAGAGCGAACACUACGACACCGAUGAAGACGAAGAUGACAUUGAAAACAAACAAAAUGAUGGAAACGUGAAUUCUUUGCUAGCUGUGGGAUAUAAGAACGAUCGCUCGUUCGUGGUUCGUGGCUCAAAAAUUGGAGUAUUCAAACAUACCCCAAACAAUCAUCUAGAGUUUUCUACAAAUAUCGCUAGAGUUGAAACGCCCAACGGAAAGCUUUUCAGUCCAAAAAAAGUCAUGCUUCAUGAAGAGGAUAGCAAUUUGAUCCUUCAAAACGACUCAGAUCCAAAUUCUUUGUAUCGUAUGGACCUUGAGUAUGGUAAGGUUGUCGAAGAAUGGAAGAUCCAUCCUGACAUUAAAGUUGAGACAUUCGCUCCCGAGAAGAAAUUUUCACAAAUGACAGGCGAGAAAACCUUCAUUGGCUUAUCUCGAAAUGCUUUAUUUAGAAUUGAUCCUCGUCUAGCAGGCAAUAAAUUGGUCGAUUCAGAGCUCAAACAGUAUGUAUCAAAAAACGAUUUCUCGGCCGCAGCGACUACAGAAAAGGGCUUUAUCGCAGUUGCUAGCAACAAAGGAGACAUUCGAAUGUUUGAUCGUCUAGGGAUUAACGCAAAGACACAUAUCCCAGCUCUUGGUGAGCCCAUAAUUGGCCUUGAUGUUAGUGCUGAUGGACGAUGGAUACUUGCCACUUGUCGGACAUAUUUACUUCUAAUUGAUACUUUGCAAAAACAAGGUCCAAAUGAGGGAAGACUUGGGUUCGAAAAAUCUUUCAGCAAGGGCAACAAGCCACAACCGCGCCGACUAGGGUUGACUCCAGCACACGUCGCACAAUUUCAACAUGAGACUGGAUCUCCGCUGUCAUUUACAACUGCCCGAUUUAAUGCUGGAGAAGGGCUUGAGGAAACCUCAAUUAUCAGUGCAACAGGUCCAUUUGUUGUCACCUGGAGCAUGAAGAAAGUAUUGCUUGGUAUAAAAGAGCCCUAUUCGAUUAAACGUUACGCAGAAGAAGUCAAAGCCGAUAAUUUCAGAUAUGGAAGUGACCGCAAUGUAAUAGUCACUCUGCCGAAUGAAGUCAAUAUGGUUGCCAAGGCUGCUAUGAAAAAACCAACAAGAGAAAGUAUCGGCAUACCUUCUCAGGUCACAAGCAGUAGAUUUAGUAGUAGGAGCGACGCGGGAAGAUUAGGCACACGAGAGAGUUCCCGAUACAAGCUAGGGAAAGAUGACGUUGUUAACUCCCCCUACUAA